GAAGUAGUCGCCCAAAAUUUCUAUUCUUCUGAAAACAGAGAGAAAUUUCUAAUCUGUUAAGCUUUUCGUGGAAAAAAUGACCAAAGAGUCUCCAUCACCAUUAGUUCAAGGAUCAAACUUAAAAAUGGACCAUGGACCUGCUCUGUAACAUCAUCCCUUCAAAAUUCCUCAUAGCCAGACGCUCAAAUUUUCAGAGAGUAUGGUUUUAGGUUUGAUUCUGUGUCCCUUGUUCUUUGUUUUUCUCGGAAAUGGAUCCCGUUCGUAAAAAAAUUGGAAUUUCACAUACCAAAUUGAGCUCCAGUUGUGCAGAUGACUGUAACCCUAGGAAUCAUGAUGGAAAGUGUAAUGAUUCUUGCAUCCAAAUCUGUCCUAAUGUUUGUAAAACCGCUGCUGCAGCUCCCUGUCCUCCUUUCCCCGGAUCGCCCCCGCCGCCUCAACCACCAAGGCAGCCGUUAAUACUGCCUCAUCCCGCUAAUGCAGCUCAAAAGCAUUUAUUGACAACCAGUAUGAUUAUCAUGGGUAGUCUGGUUGGUACCGCAUUUCUCUUUUGCAUCUUGUGUGCAUAUUUAAGAGCUCGCCAUACUAGGCAGAGAAUAUCAAGAAGCUCAGCGAGUGGUUCACCUCUAUCUUUUGGAACCCAAGAUGACUUUCUUGAUGAAGAUCAAGGGCCAGAAAUCAUCCACCCCAUAUGGUUCAUCAACACCAUAGGUCUCCAGCAAUCUGUUAUCGAUUCCAUUGCUGUUUUAAAGUAUAAAAAAGAUGAUGGAUUGAUAGAAGACACAGAUUGCUCUGUUUGCUUGAAUGAGUUUCAAGAAGACGAGAGUCUUCGGCUGCUGCCGAAGUGCAGCCAUGCUUUUCACGUAACUUGUAUCGACACUUGGCUAAGAUCACACAAGAAUUGCCCUUUAUGCCGAGCCCCUAUAGCAUGUGAUGUUCAAGUUGAUUUAGCAGUGCCUGCUUCAAGUGAUCUGAGUUCAAGGGAAGAAACCCAGAUGGAGAAUUCUGAGAAUAACAGUGGAUUUAUAAGCAAUCAUCAGGUUGGAGAAGCUGAAACCAGUGAAGCGAGAGGUGAGAACUCGAAGAUGAGUGUGAAUCUACCUGUGGGGAAUCAUUUGCGGAUGCAAAGUGAUUUAGUUGAGAGAUUACAGACAGGAGAGGCAGAAACUCAACCUAUGAGGAGGUCUGUGUCAAUGGAUUCUUCUUCUGCUAUGGCAAUUUACAAUGUUAUGGCUAAUUUUAAACAGCAAGGAAACUCGAAAUUGAAGAAUGUUUCCAAGCGUAGAAGCAGUGGAGGUUUAAGCUUUGGGAAACUGAUAAAAAGUUCUUCAAUAGGUCAUGCACUGCAAAAGAAACCAAUUUCAAUGAAAAGGUCCUCAUCUAGUGGGAAUUCAUCAGCAUCCAGACAGAGCAGAAGCCAGGACUCAAUCCUUCCCCUGUGAGCAUGAAGCUUUAUUUUCCGGUUUUUGUUUUUUUUUUAACAGAUUUCAUUUGCAGGUUUUAAACAUGUAUUGGUCUUCUUGAGAUCUUUUGAUGUGCAGCUAUUUUGGAUAUAUACUGGUCAUUUCAGAUAUUUUGGACAACUUUGGAGAAUUUAAAUAGAUUUUUUAUAUAUAUUUUGUGAUGUAAUGGAAAAAAUUUUAUUUGUAAUGUAAUGGACUUGAUCAGUGGAAUGAUAAGACUGAUGUUGUCAUUCAAAUGAUCAAGUUUUUAUAUGAAUGAAUAUUCAGUUUUUUCA